AGUCCUCUUGUGGGCCCAGCAGGACCGACAGUGAACUUCUGGAUCACAAUGAUCGCAGUUAUUCUCUUCAGUCUGCUGGCAGUUCUGCCCUUUUGGCUCUUCUGGACAAACCCUUAUUUUCUGGGAGACUUGAGAUACUCAAUCGCUGCCGUUCAGAUCGGGAUCCGAUUGGCCAGAAUCCAGAGGAAGUUCUUCAGUCUUGUGGACUGUUUUCUGGACCAAGUGAAGAAGCAUCCCCAGAAGACCUUCCUGGUGUUUGAGGACAGCUCCUACACCUUCAUCCAGGCGGACAGAGAGAGCAGCAAAGUGGCCAGAGCUCUGCAGACGCGCGCGCACCUGAAGGAGGGGGACACGGUGGCCCUGUUCCUGGGAAACGAGCCCCAGUUCGUGUGGGUCUGGCUCGGACUGGCCAAACUGGGCUGUGUGGCGUCUCUGCUGAACACCAACAUCAGAUCCAAGUCUCUGCUUCACUGCUUCUCCUGCUGCGAAGCCAAAGUCCUCAUCACUGGAACCGAGCUGCGAGGAGCUGUAGAGGAGGUGCUGCCGGCCCUGAGGGAGCAGGGUGUCCGUGUGUUUCUCCUCAGUGACAGCUGUGAUGUGGAGGGAAUGGAGAGCCUCUCGGGUCACAUCCAGCAGGCCUCAGAUCAGCCUCUGUCUCCACAGCUGAGGGCCAACGUGAACCUUAAAACUCCAGCGUUAUACAUCUACACCUCAGGGACCACAGGACUUCCUAAAGCAGCUGUGGUUAACCAUGAGAGGAUAUGGAUGGCCUCUUUUCUCGGCUGCAUGGCGGGCGUGCGCACCGACGAUGUCCUUUACGUCUACCUGCCUCUGUACCACACUGCGGGGUUCCUCAUGGGACUUGGGGGAGCCAUUGAAAGAGGCUGCACUGUUGUUCUGAGGCGCAAGUUCUCCGUUUCCAACUUCUGGAACGACUGCAGGAAGUACAACGUGACGGUCGUUCAGUACAUAGGAGAGAUCAUGCGAUACCUGUGCAACGCGCCAAAGAGGGACAACGACAAGGAUCACAAGGUGCGACUGGCUUUGGGGAACGGGAUUAGGGCGGACACCUGGGCUGAUUUCCUGGAGCGAUUUGGGAACAUUCGGAUCUGUGAAUGCUACGGAGCGACAGAAUCCAAUGUUGGCUUUCUCAACUACAUUGGAAAAGUUGGAGCAAUUGGCAGGGAGCAUUUCCUCCACAAGUUAAAAUAUCCAUAUGCCCUUAUAAGAUAUGACACAGAAAAAGAGGAGCCCGUCAGAGACUCAAGAGGAUUCUGCAUUAAAGUCCCAAAAGGAGAGACAGGUUUGUUGGUGGGGAAGAUCGGAGUAGGAACGCCUUUCAGUGGAUAUGCCAAGAACAAGCAGCAGACAGAGAGGAAGAAGCUGAAGGACGUGUUUGAGAAGGGAGACGUCUACUUUAACAGUGGAGAUCUGUUAAGGAUCGACAACGAGGGAUUCGUCUACUUUCAGGAUCGGAUUGGAGACACUUUCAGGUGGAAAGGAGAAAAUGUGGCGACCACAGAGGUGGCUGAUCAUUUACUGACCAUGGACUUUGUUGAGGAAGCUAACGUGUACGGGGUGAAGGUGCCAGGGCACGAAGGAAGAAUUGGAAUGGCAGCUCUGACGCUGAAAAAAAACAUGGACUUUGACGGCAAAGUUAUUUAUCAGCACAUCAAAAACUACCUGCCGAGCUACGCCAGGCCACGUUUCAUACGCAUACAGGAUGCUCUGGCAGUGACUGGAACAUUUAAGCAGCUGAAGACGAAACUUUCUGAAGAGGGUUUCAACCCCAGUGUCAUCCAGGACCCUUUAUUCUUCCUGGAGGACAAUAAAGGCUACAUCCCCAUGAGCCAGGAAAUAUACAGCUCCAUCUCAGAGGGAACACUCAGGCUCUGAAGGACUGCAGUGGACUGUCAAGUCCUGCUUUUAUUCUUGAGGCUUUAAGUCAUACAGGGUGUGUUUAGAACAUCUAUUUUAUACAGGAAUGUUUCUUUUUAUGCCUCUCAGCGAGCAGGUCCUUGGUUCAAACCCCGG